AAAGAGCGUCAUCCUCUCAGUUUGUGUCAAACUCCGCAGAUUUUGGCAGCAGCAAUCGAAAAUGACCAAAUUCUUCGCUCUGGUUACUGUAGGGCUUCUCGCCCUUUUUGCCCUUGUUCAGGCGGGUGGCGAUGAGGCUGCCAAAAAGGGACCCAAAGUUACCGAUAAGGUUUGGUUUGAAAUAACUGUGGGCGAUGAACCUCUCGGUCGUAUCGAAAUCGGCCUGUUCGGCAAAACUGUUCCUAAAACUGCAGAGAACUUCAAACAAUUAGCCCUGAAACCAGCCGGCGAAGGAUUCAAGGGUAGCAAAUUCCACAGGGUCAUCAAAGACUUUAUGAUCCAAGGUGGUGAUUUUACUAAAGGAGAUGGCACUGGAGGUCGCUCAAUUUAUGGUGAACGUUUUGCCGACGAAAAUUUCAAACUGAAACAUUAUGGAGCUGGUUGGCUGUCGAUGGCCAACGCUGGAAAAGAUACCAACGGGUCUCAGUUCUUUAUUACCACUAAGCAGACCUCCUGGCUGGACAACAGGCACGUCGUUUUUGGUAAAGUGCUCAAGGGCAUGGAUGUCGUUAGGAAGAUUGAAAGCACCAGGACUGAUAGCAGAGAUCGUCCCGAGAAAGAUGUAGUAAUAGCAGACUGUGGAGUUGAAGAAGUGCCAGAGCCAUUCGGUGUAGCAAAAGAAGACGCCCGUGAUUAAACAAAAUAACUGCCUUUUGGAAGCUACUCGCCCUCUUCCUUAAAGUUUUGUAAUAUCCCAUCUUGAUACUUUUUCUAAUUUUUUAGCUAUUUUUUACAUUGUAUGAAAGAAAUGUGAUAAACAUGUUUCCUAAUUUAAGUGUCAAUAAAAACAGUAUUUUUUAA